AUGGCUUGCCGUAAUACAUAUGCUGCGAAACUCGCCGUAAAGGAUUCGAUAUGUGAAAAUGAUAGCAAAAUAAGUGUAUACGAAAUAAAUCUUACUUCAUUAUCAUCCGUUAAAAAGUGUUCCGAAAACGUUUUAAAACAGCACAGUAAAAUUGAUAUUGUGAUUUUAAAUGCCGCUGUAUUCGGGUUACCAUGGACACUUACAGAAGAUGGUUUGGAAACAGCUUUCCAAGUGAAUUAUCUAAGUCAAUACUAUCUACUCAUGAGAAUUGAAAAAAUACUGGCCCCGAAUGCUAGGGUCGUAUUUACUUCUUCAGAAUCACACAGAAAUAUAAAUUGGAAUAUGGACAAAAUUUUAGCGCCAACUAUAGACCAUCUUUCUAUUCCAAAAGAUGAGUACACGUCAAUUAGGGCGUACAAUAUAUCUAAAUUAUGUGGUAUUUUGGCGAUGCAUUAUCUGGGCUAUCGUUGGUUAAAUUCAAACAAAGCAGUUUUCUGCGCGCAUCCCGGGUCUUUUAUCAAAACGAGACUGUGUCGAAACUGGUGGGUGUACGAAGCCCUCUACACAUCAAUGCUGCCAUUUUCUAAAACUGUUCGGCAAGCAGCCAGCACGGUCAUUUAUUGCGCUACUUCACCGGAUUUGAACGGAUUGUCAGCAUUGUAUUUUAAGGAUUGCAAACGUUGCGACGAAAGUGACUUGGCAAAGGAUACGCAUUUAUCAUUCAGAGUGAACGAUUUGACUCGCGAAAUUCUUCGAGAGCGCGUACCAGACUUUAAAGAUACUUUUAGAGGUAACGAGUUGCGAAAUGUUGGUGAAGAAGUAAAAGAGGCCAUUGAUCAUAAUACGCUUGUAUCCCAUUACUCAAAU